UCGGCGCAUUAAUUUGUUUUUCUCAUUCUCGCGCUUGUUGCCGGAGCUCAUAUGUUCAGAGGAUCGCCGGCUUUUGCACACUGUCUUCAAGUUUAUUUUCAUCAGAAUGGGAGUUAACGAGGAUUUCGACUCGAUGUUGAAUGAAAUCGGUGGCUGCGGACUAUAUCAGAUUAGACAAAAUUUGCUUGUCGGCCUCGCGAUUGCUUUCAGUGCAGUGAGCACCAUUGGUUUUGUUUUCACAGCAGCUAGAGUUCCUCACAGAUGUCAAGUCGAGGUUUGUGGUGAUCAGGGAGAGAUGUCGUCGCCCUUUUUACCCGAGUGGCUGCAUGAGGCGGUACCAAUUGAGCCAAGCGGAGAACCUGCGUUAUGCGUCAUUUACCAAAAUCUCAAUAUUUCCACAAAUUCGUGCAGUUUUGACCAGAGAAGUGAAAAAAGAUGCUCUUCCUGGGUUUACAAAAGCCGCGAGAGGACUAUCCAAACAGAAUUUUCCUUGACGUGUCCAGAAAAUGAAUGGAAACUCGCUAUGGUCGGCACACUUCACAACAUAGGAAACAUGAUUGGUCUACCAAUAUCAGGAUUUCUUUCCGAUCGGUAUGGCAGAAAAUCAGCGCUUGUAUUUUCUCUCAUUGCAAACAGUAUAUUUGGCUUACUGAAGUCUACAGCUAAUAGUUUUGAAAUUUUUUUAAUCCUGGAAACAGUGGAACCAAUUUUUGGAGGAAAUAUUUAUGGCAUCAGUUUUAUUCUGGCUCUUGAACUUGUCACUCCAAAGAAAAGAGUUUUGGGUUGUAUGGUGAUUGCUGUCGCGUUUGCUUUUGGGAGUGCAUUGGUCGGUGCUGUAGCAUGGGUUCUGCAAGAUUGGCGCACUUUUCUGUGGGUGACAAAUGGACCAGCACUGCUUUUUAUUUCCUACAUAUGGUUGUUGCCAGAAUCUGUGAGGUGGUUGCUGGCCAGAGGAAAACUGGGAGACGCGAAAAAAGUUGUCCAAUUUGCAGCGAAAUUGAAUAGAGCCGAGCUGGGAGAGGAGCGAAUGAAAGACUGGGAGAACGACCAAAUUGACCGAGUGUACACAGAAGAAGCCGAAAAAGACGAUUCAUUAUGGCCAGCUUUGCGGAAAGUCACAAAGAGUAGGAUUUUGCUUGCUAGGCUAGCGGUGUGCUCCGUAUGCUGGGCUUCUGCAAAUCUUGUGUUCUUUGGAAUGUCUCUCAACUCCGUGUCGCUAGCAGGAACAGACAACAAGUACCUGAACUUUAUUUUAUCAAGUGUUGUUGAGGCUCCAUCGUAUCUGAUAACCUGGCUGUGCAUGAAUCGACUUGGCCGCCGGAAAGCUCAACUUUUAACGUUUGUUGCAAGCGGUAUAACUUGCUUCGCCAUUACAUUCUUGCCCAAAAAUGGAAAAAUAAUUAGAUUAAUAUUGUAUCUUGUGGGAAAAUUUGCAAUCACUUGCGCCUUCGACACAGCACUUGUGUUCACGGCUGAAAUUUUCCCAACCAAUCUUCGCAACUCUUUGCUUGGCUUGUGCUCUAUGAUGGGCCGCGUUGGUUCAGUUGUGGCCCCACAAACACCACUCAUGGCGCAGUAUUAUAAUAUUUCACCCCUUACUCUUUUUGGUACUGUGGCCCUGAUCGCAGGUACGCUGGCCCUUUUCCUGCCCGAAAGCAAGGGCCUCCCACUGCCAGCAUCGGUCAAAGAGGCCGAGGAUUUGUCACGGCAACGACAAAAUCAAAAAGCAUCUCACAAUAAUGACCUUGAGGCUACCACUGCCUUGAAUAAAUUGGCACUGAUGGACAACUAAAUUUGCAAUCAAUAGGUCAAGCAAACAAUCCAUUAUAUUAAAAUUGAUUUAUAUUCAUAAAUAUGCUGCGAAUAUUUCUGACGAUAGAUGCAUUUUGAUUUGACAUAAAUCGCUUACUUUGAUAAAAUUUACUAGAUAAUAAUAAUAAUAAUAAAUAACGAACAUCUUUUAAGGAAAGGUUUUUAUUAAGAUGCCUCACCAUCUUAAAAAAUUAUAAAAGAAAAAAUAUCAAAUUCUCAUACACCAGUAAAAAAAGAGCGCACUUGCUCUUUUUGUACCAUCAGCAUAUAUGUCAUCAGCACUUGUUACAAAAUA